CGCUCACUGUCUAUGCUGAGAUCCAGCCAGUGAACACCGCAUUCGCAACCAAAUACUGCCGUCUAUGCUCGCUUCGGUUUGACGUUCAUCGUGUAGAAAGAUCAUGUCUUUGCCGCAACGGCCGGGGAAGGUUUCUCCGCGACGAGAAGAAGUCCACUCUGCUUUUCGAGAAUCGUCACGCAGACGACGACGAGACAGUGAGACGGGUGGUCUCACUGAUACGCUAUCAAGCCCCACAUCACAUCGUCACCAUCAUCACCGACGCCAUCGCUCGCAUAGUUCUCGAAGGAAGAAAGAUGUAGACGAAGAAAGGGCAGACACGGGCGAGGAUAUUAGGCGCAAGAAGAGUUUUGUUAAACCGGAGCGCAGUCGCAUCGAUCAUGAGCAUCCCAAUUACCACUACAGCCAGCGAUCACAGAAUAUGCCCACAUACCCAUCGGCGACAGGACAUGAACCAUUAAUGGGUGGAGAUGGCGAGGUUGAUACGAGCAGUUCCCGCAGCAUGGAUAGGGCCAAAGAAGGACUAGAUGGUGAGCAUGGAAACAUCAACAAGCCUAUGGAGCGGGCUCCGAGUCGGCGUCGGACCAAGAAAAGGAGGCACUCUCGGAAGAUCUCGAAAAAGGCAGCUGCACAGGAAAGGAGACGACAAAGGGCGCUCGAGCAAGCCCGCCCUCCCAGUCUGUGGAGUACGUAUUGCGCAAUCAUCACUUUCUGGGCCCCGGAUUUUGUUUUGCGGUGCUUUGGAAUGCCGCAAAAGGCACAGCGGAGUGCGUGGCGCGAGAAAAUUGGUCUUAUCAGUAUUAUCUUACUCAUCGCAGCGUUUGUCGGUUUCUUGACUUUCGGUUUUACGGCCACUGUAUGUGGUACCCCCCCAGUACGGCUAAAGGUCAAUCAUGUUACCAGAGGCUAUAUGAUAUUCCACGGGAAAGCCUAUGAUUUGUCUAAGUCGAAGCACCCCGCGGCUGCUGGAAUCCCAGGUGGUUCCAACGUCCUAUAUGAUCUACCCGACAAGUAUGGUGGUCAAGAUGGGAGUUUCUUUUUCCAACAAGUUAAUGGGGCAUGUAAGGGUCUGAUCACGCUUGCGGACGGGUCGGACGUGCCCACAAACGCGAACGGGGACUUGGCCUGGUAUUUCCCAUGUACAGCUUUCAACCAGGAUGGCUCGUCGGAGCCAAACUACACGGAACCGUACUACAAAGGAUGGGCAUGUCACACAUCUGGAAAUUCUCGGAAAUCAUUCUACAGCCUUGGAAGCUCUGGUGAUGUGUAUUACACGUGGGAGGACACUAAGAACAAGAGUAGGAACCUGGCAGUAUACUCUGGAAACGUGCUAGACCUCGAUCUCCUACGGUGGUUCAACACUGACCAGGUGAAAUAUCCGGCCAAGUUUGACCAGCUGCGCAAAAAUCCCGAUGUGCGCGGCGUUGACCUUACAUAUUACCUUCAGACAGGAGAAGAGAAAAAGAUCGGCAAAUGUCUGUCUCAGAUAAUCAAGGUCGGGAGUAUAGAUACUGACACAGUUGGGUGUAUUGCCUCUAAAGUCGUUCUCUAUGUGUCCCUGGUCUUCAUCCUAUCCAUUGUCGUCGUCAAAUUUGCAUUCGCCUUAGUCUUCCAGUGGUUUCUCGCCCCGCGGCUCGCCGCUCAGAGGACGAGCAUGAGCUCAGACCCUAGGAAACGUAAUCAACAAAUUGAAGACUGGUCAAACGACAUUUAUCGGCCCGGUCCUCGUUUGACAGACACUGUGGAUCGCCCCGGUAAAAGGGCCAGUUUCCUCCCAACGACUUCUAGGUUCUCUAGUCCUUACACGGUGAGUAAUGGCGGGAAACAACGCCCACAAUGGGUGACGAUGGCAAGCCAAAACUCUACCAGCCGGUUAGUCCCUGGUGGUGGCUCUAUGUAUAAGCUGAGCCACAAUAGCAGCGGUGGGACCUUGAGUGCGGAUCCUUCUCGUCAGAAUCCCACGGCUAGUCGAACGAGUUUAGUACAAGACUCCCGCUACUCCACUGCCAACCCUGACUCUGACGGCGUUGGAGGGGGUGGGUACAUUCACGAGGCUGUUGUUCCUCAGCCACCACCUGAGUGGCAGCCCUACGGGUUUCCCUUGGCUCAUUCCCUCUGCCUGGUGACUUGUUACUCUGAAGGUGAAGAGGGUAUCCGUACUACUCUUGAUUCCAUUGCGAUGACAGAUUAUCCUAACAGCCAUAAGACGAUUGUCGUCAUCUGUGACGGUAUGAUCAAGGGAAAGGGGGAGGAAUUUUCUACCCCCGAAAUUGUGCUACGCAUGAUGCGUGAUCCAGUUAUCCCCAUGGAUGAGGUUCAGCCGUUCUCUUAUGUAGCAGUGGCAACCGGCUCUAAACGUCACAACAUGGCGAAAGUCUAUGCUGGCUUCUAUGACUAUGGGGAGACGUCCAUCAUUCCAACGGAGAAGCAGCAGCGUGUUCCAAUGAUGAUUGUUGUGAAAUGCGGAACACCGUCCGAAGCAAAACAAUCAAAGCCAGGUAAUCGGGGCAAGCGAGACAGUCAAAUUAUCCUGAUGUCUUUCCUGCAGAAAGUGAUGUUCGAUGAACGAAUGACGGAACUUGAAUUCGAAAUGUUCAACGGUCUCUUGCACGUGACCGGCAUACCACCGGAUUUCUAUGAAGUCGUACUCAUGGUCGACGCUGACACCAAAGUCUUCCCGGACAGUUUGACUCAUAUGAUCUCUGCCAUGGUUAAGGAUCCCGAAGUCAUGGGCCUAUGUGGUGAGACUAAGAUCGCCAACAAGAUGGACAGUUGGGUGACUAUGAUUCAAGUAUUUGAGUAUUUCAUUUCCCAUCAUCAAUCUAAGUCGUUUGAGUCCGUCUUUGGCGGUGUGACUUGUCUCCCUGGAUGUUUCUCCAUGUAUCGAAUCAAAGCGCCAAAAGGUGGCCAGAACUACUGGGUGCCGAUCCUUGCUAACCCCGACGUGGUGGAGCACUAUUCGGAGAAUGUGGUGGACACUUUACAUAAGAAAAAUUUGCUUCUGCUAGGAGAGGAUCGGUAUCUAUCGACUCUGAUGCUGCGGACCUUCCCCAAGAGAAAACAGAUCUUUGUGCCGCAAGCCGUCUGCAAGACACAAGUGCCCGACAAGUUCAUGAUCCUUCUUUCGCAGCGGCGCCGCUGGAUCAACAGCACAGUUCACAAUCUGAUGGAACUGGUCUUAGUGCGGGACUUGUGCGGAACGUUCUGCUUCAGUAUGCAAUUUGUCAUUUUCAUCGAACUGAUUGGAACACUCGUCCUCCCUGCCGCUAUUGCGUUUACCUUUUACGUGGUCAUUUCGUCUAUCGUGAAGAAACCUGUGCAGGUCAUUCCGCUGGUCCUGCUGGCGCUCAUUCUGGGUCUCCCGGGCGUGCUCAUUGUCGUCACCGCCCACCGGUUGGUCUAUGUCUUGUGGAUGCUUAUCUACCUAAUCUCCCUGCCCAUCUGGAACUUUGUUCUUCCGACCUACUCAUACUGGAAGUUUGACGACUUUAGCUGGGGCGACACGCGGAAGACUGCCGGCGAGCAGGAUAAGGGGCAUGAUGAUGGCGAAGGAGAAUUCGACAGUAGCAAGAUCACUAUGAAGCGCUGGCGAGAUUUCGAGAAAGAUCGCCGGCUUCGCAUGCAAGCUGCGUGGGGGCAACCUCCGAUGGGAGGAUAUCCUUCGCGCUACGAAGAAUACUCCGAUUAUUAGGAUAGUAACGUGUGUCUUGUGUUGUGCGUUUUCAAUCUUGGGCCAUGAGCGAUUGGCUUGACGUUGUAUAAUGUUUUUUUUUAUCUUUUCUAUUUCUUUAUUCGGGAUUCGUCUCCAAAAAUAUUAUCAACUGUAGCUUCCAGUGGAGGGUA